CUCACAUCUUGUCUUUCGCCCUUGCAGCCAGCUAGUACCAGAUUUCCAUCCCUUCGUCUUUGUUGCGGUGCUGGUUACUCCCGUUAAGGCCGCCACGAUGGGUGUUGGCGCAAAGAAGCCGGUCAACAUCUUCAAGUUGAAAGACUUGGGUGAACCAGAGGGUGCGCUGAAUUGGCGCCUUUGGUUUGCAGUCUUCUCCUUUGGACUGCUUGGUGCUGCGCGAGGCGUUGACGAGGGUUUGAUCUCGGGCGCUUUCAAUUCAGCCGACUUCAAAGAUUCCAUCCAUUAUGCGUCGUACGAUGCAGUAGACCAGGCCAACAUCAAGGCCAAUGUCUCAGCCAUGGUGCAGAUUGGCUCCGUCGCUGGUGCUUUGAUUGCCUUCCUAAUUUGUGACCGCAUCGGACGCAUCAACGCCACGAGGGUCUUGUGUGUCACCUGGGCUAUUGGUAUUAUGAUUUUUAUGAUCGGAGGCGCUCGCGGCAAUUUGGGGGCCAUCUAUGCCGGCAGAUUCAUCGCCGGUCUUGGUGUGGGACAGACACCAGUCGUUGGUCCCAUCUACAUCGCCGAAAUUGCGCCUGCAUCAAUCCGUGGUCUCUGCACCUGCUUCUUCACCGGUGCCGUCUAUCUCGGCAUCUUGCUUGCGUAUUUCGCAAACUAUGGAUGCCAGCUUCACAUUAGCGCUGGGAGCUCUAACCAAUGGCUUAUCCCGACAAGUCUGCACAUUAUGAUGAGUGGCAUCAUCUUUUUCUUGACCUUCUUCCAGAGCGAAUCGCCACGCUUCCUCGUCAAGCAGGGCAAGGUUGACCAGGCAGUCCACAACAUGGCACGACUGCGCCAACAGUCUCCCGACAGUGAGUACGUCAUCCGCGAAAUCGGCAUGAUCCAGGCUGCCCUCGAUCACGAGCUGGAGGCUAGCCGGGGUGUUGGUUGGCUUGGAAAGGUCAAGGAACUUGUCCUUGACAAGAGCAACCUGUAUCGUGUGUAUCUGUCGUCCAUGGUCCAGCUGCUUUCUCAGUGGUCUGGUGCAGGCUCCAUCACCCUGUAUGCGCCAGAUCUUUUCAAAAUCCUGGGCAUCACUGGAACCAAUGAGUCUCUUCUGGUCACUGCCGUUUUCGGCGUCAUCAAGUUUGUGUCGGCCAUGAUCUGCGCUCUCUUCCUCGUCGAUGUCAUCGGUCGCAAGCGCGCUCUUUUGACCGGUAUUACUCUCCAAGCCAUCUCCAUGAUCUACGUUGCCGGCUUCCUUACUGCCGUGCCCCAGCUUGGCACUGAGAAGAACUUUGUUCUGCCCGAGAAUUUGAAGGGCGCUAGUCGAGGCGCAAUUGCCAUGAUCUAUAUUUCUGGCGCUGGUUGGGCCCUUGGCUGGAAUUCCAUGCAGUACCUGCUCACUGCUGAGCUGUACCCUCUACGUGUUCGUGCCUUGGCUACAUCAUGGGCUAUGACUCUUCACUUUGCAAACCAAUACGGCAACUCGCGUGCUGUGCCCGUCAUGCUGCUCAGCACUUCGCAGGGAGGAAUUUCACCAAAGGGUACUUUCUGGUGCUUUGCUGCAGUCACUCUUUUGGGCGGCGUUUGGGUGUGGUUCUCUGUGCCCGAAACUGGUGGCCGUUCGCUUGAGAGCAUGGAUCGCCUCUUCGACCUUCCAUGGUACAGGAUUGGUCUGCACGGCAACAAGGAUGCCGAGGAGAAGGACAUGGCUGUCGACGAGAAGCAGCGGGCUGCCGAGGAAGAGUUUGGAAAUGUCACCCAGAUUGAGGAGAAGGCAUAGAGGGCUUGACGCCGAUUUCGCUUUUCUCCGCAUAGACAAGGGUAUAGUCUAUCUAGCUACGAAUGUUACGAACAGUACAUACAAUGAACAAAUUGUUUUAAGCACAUGCUAUCCCU